AUGGCUGCGGAACGAGACUCGUCGUCCCCCCCUGCUGCCCUGCGGGGCCCUUGGGAUGCGCGAUAUGCGGACCCCUUGACCCGCAAGCCACACGUCAUGCCUCAUACGACGGAAUACUACAGCAAGUGCAUGCUGGGAGGCGUGCUCUCUUGCGGCCUGACGCACACCGCAGUCUGCCCAGUAGACGUCGUGAAGUGCAAGAUGCAAGUGUAUCCAGACAAGUACAGGGGUCUGAUCUCGGGUUUCAAGACGGUCUUGGGGGAGGAAGGAGCUGCGGGCCUGCGUCUCGGAUGGGCUCCAACGUUCAUUGGUUACAGUAUGCAGGGCAUGGUGAAGUUCGGUAUGUACGAGUUUUUCAAGGAUUUCUACGGCAACCUUUUUGGUGAAGAGACAUAUGCCAAGAACAAGGGCGCUGUUUGGCUGGCUGCUUCCGCUUCCGCCGAACUGUUUGCCGAUGUGGCUCUCUGCCCAAUGGAGAUGGUCAAAGUCAAGGUGCAAACAAGUCCUCAAGGAUCAUGGCCUACCAGCCUUCUGCCAGCAACCAGCAAAAUGCUUCAAAUGAGACGCGAUACCAAAUUUCCGUUUGGGUCCGUGGUUCCUCUGUGGAGCCGACAAAUCCCUUACACGAUGGCCAAGUUCUACUUCUUCGAGAAAGUCGUCCAGAUGUUUUAUGAUAAGGUCUUCACGCAGCCGAAGGAAACCUACGGCAAAGGGACUCAGCUGGGCAUUACAUUUGCAUCCGGGUAUAUGGCAGGCGUCAUCUGUGCGGUCGUGUCGCACCCCGCAGACUCCCUGGUGUCUCUCAUGGGGAAGGCUGAAAACAAAGGCAAAGGAUUUGGACAAAUGGCAAGGGAGAUGGGAUACACUAAAUUGUUCACCAAAGGGCUGGGCACUCGGGUGCUGAUGAUCGGCACGCUCACUGGUCUUCAGUGGUGGAUCUACGACACAUUUAAGUCUGCCAUGGGAAUGGGCACCACUGGUGGAGGAUCCGCUAAAAAGAACUAG